CUGCAAGUUUUUCAUUGCAAAAUAUUUUUGUGAUAUUUUUCACAUGGAAAAAAAUGUAAAAUAUCUACGUCAGUGGGAUUUUCCUUCUUUUCCUUUCGAUUUCCUAUCAUUUACCUCGUUAUCUCGCACUUUAAGUGAAAUGACACGUAUUUGGGUGAUUCUUUGGGCUGUUUUUGUUGUAUUUUCUGUGGUGGUGGCAGAUGGGAAUGUUGCACAGGUGCCUGGAAAUCACUCUGUUGGCCAGGAAAAGCACACUGGGCAUGGGGAAAAGUUUCUCUACACCGAGGGCGGAAGUUUUUCCAGCAAAGAAACCCAGAAGAGUGUGAAGAAGGAACUGGUGGAGCCUCCUCCGCCAAUCACCAAUGCAACUUUGACGUCAGGGAAUGAAACAAAGGGGAUUCCGGGGAAUACCACAAAUGGUAAUAGCCCGGAGAGUAAAAAUACCACACUGCCUGAUGUGAAAACACCAGCCAAAAAUACCACAAUACCUCUUGCCAAGGAAACAUUGCCGGAGACCAACAAAAAUGCCAGUAAAGUGAAUAUUACGGGAAAGGAUGAAGGAAUUCUGCAUGGAAAUGCUACCACAGCAACUCCACCGAAAGUCAUCAACGUCACGACACCAUCCACAACCACCACAACGACUCCCAGGCCAAAGAAACCAACCCUCACGGUCAGUGUGGUCGAUGAUCCCAAUCUCCUGGAAGCUGCAUCAAAGUCAGCUCCAAAGCAUCCUCAAUCUCCCGAAUCAGGGAGAUUGGAUGUGGAGGAACCUGUAGCUCAGUUGUCACAGGAGAACAUUUUGGAAUUGCCAGUGAAUCAUCGUGAUUACAUUGUUCCCAUUGUGGUGCUAAUCUUUGCGAUUCCCAUGAUUCUGGGACUCGCCACCGUAGUCAUUCGUCGGUUCAAGGAUUACUGGCUAACGCGACACUACCGGAGGAUGGAUUACCUGCUCGAUGGGAUGUACAAUGAGUAGGACAGACUUUGCCGCUAAGCAAUAUUCUUUUUUUUUCCUAAUUUCUUUAAAAAACUAUUUUAUACCUUGUGUAAAUAAAAACUGUAAAUUUCAAGUAUUUCGAGGAAUAAAUCCUAAUUUCCGUGUA